UUCGAGUACUAAAGGAGAUACUAUAUUAUACGUUACUGUUAAGAUUAAAUUCAUCCUUCUAUUAUACCACUACAUUAAAUGUAAGUAGAUACAGCCCUGUACUUUGAACAGUAUGGCCGAUAGUGCAGUUUUCAAAGAGGAACAAGUAUUAGAUCCAACGUCGAGAAAGCGAAAAUAAUAGUUUUUACAACUAAAGUUAAAAAAGUUAAGUUUAAUGAUUAAAGGUAUGACGGACGAUGAAGCUAUACAGGCUACAAAUGAUGAUGCCAGUGAGUGUAAAAGCUAUGCAGUGCAACUUGGAUACUGGUCUGAUCCAUUCAUCAAUUUUUUUGUCAAACAAACUACACGAAAGCCUCCAGAAAUCAAUCGUGGUUACUACGCAAGGGUCAAGGGCAUAGAAGUAUUCAUCAACAAAUUUCUUAAACUGUCCGGUGACAAGAGUCAAAUAAUUAAUUUGGGUGCUGGUUUCGAUACACUUUAUUGGAAACUCAAGUCAGCUGGAAAUAAUCCUACAAACUUUGUUGAACUAGAUUUUCCAAGUAUUACAGCGAGAAAAUGUUAUCUCAUUAAAAAACAUAAACAAUUGAUAGAUACAUUAAAUACAGAAGAUGGUGAGAUAAGAUUUUCAACAAUAGAUUUACACGCAGCUAAUUAUCAUUUGAUAGGAACAGAUUUGCGAGAUAUAAAUGAAGUUGAAAGAAAAUUAUCACAAGCUGAAGUUGAUUUUGAUUUACCAACUCUGUUUCUUGCGGAAUGUGUUCUAGUAUACGUAGAUCCUAGAGCAGUUUCAGUACUAUUACAAUGGUUGGAAGAGAGAUUUCCAAAUAGUUUAUUCGUGAGUUAUGAACAAAUAAAUAUGAAGGAUAAAUUUGGAGAAGUAAUGCUCUCAAAUUUACGUAGUCGUGGAUGUUUAUUAUCAGGAGUCAAAGACUGUAAAACUCUAGAAACUCAACAAAAACGAUUUACAGUAAAUAGAUGGGAAGGUUCUAAUGCUUGGACAAUGGUAGAAGUAUACGAUUCAUUGCCUGAAUCGGAUCGCAUUCGAAUUGAGCAAAUAGAAAUGCUUGAUGAACGAGAACUUCUCAUUCAAUUACUACAACAUUAUUGUAUUGCAAUUGCUUGGAAUGGAGAAACAUUUAAAAAUCUGUCUAUAGCACAGGGUUGAUUUUCCAAAACUUUUUCAGUUACUCCAGGUA